AUGGCCACUUCAAGCGACCAGGCCACUCCUCUAGACAUCGCGUCGCCCUCAGACAUCAAGACAGCCGCUGCGCUUACAGAGACACACGAUGGAGAGAUCCGUAAUCAAGAGAAUACAUUGGACUUCGAUCCUUCGCCUGCCAUGUCCAAAAAGUCUGCGCCCAACGUCCAGAAGCCAAUUGGUACCCAAGAGCAAGUCGCUGUCGAAGAUUCGACAGAUGUCAAGACCGCGACUCUUGGUUCCUCCUUCCCCUCACCCAAGCUUGUUGCGGGAGACAACAAGAGUGUUGCCUCUCUUGAAGAUGGAGAGAUCAUAGAGCAAGACCUUGAUGGGGCAGUCGGAGCGAGCUCUGUGAUUGUGCAAGAGCAACAAGAGCAGAUCCAUGAUAAGGAGAAGACUAAGCUUGGUUUGUCUCACUACCAUCACCAAAGUCAUCUGCUAAUGCAAAGAAAAGCAUCUCCAAUCGCUAAGAAAGAAGCUCCGCUGGCAUCACUCCCUGGACUGCAUGUCGAGGCCACCAAGACCGACGUUGACAUCGGAACCGAGGACAGCGACUUCAAGACCGACACAGAGACGAACAUCGAGGGGCCGAAGGCUUCGAGACCAGCUCAUAGUCUACCUCCACACAUGCGUCCUGACUUCCAGUCGCCUCCAUCCCGCCUUUUCGGCCUUCCAGACCCGAGGCACAUGAUGUCGCCAAACGAGGUCAACCGAUUCAACGAUGCCCCACGCGCCCCUCGCUCCCACUUCAAUUCCCACGGAUCCCGAGGAGGCGACCACGGCGAUCGCGAACAAAUCGUCCGCAUGAACGCACAGGUCAUGAAGCUAAAGAACGAACUCGAUGCCGAGCGCAACAAGGGAGUUCGUCUCCGCAAGUCUAUCGAAGCUGAGCAGCAACAGAAAGUCGAAGCCGCAUCAUCUGUCAUGUUAACAAACCUUCUCCGCGAUCAAGCCACUACCCUAACGCUCAAGUCCAAGGUCGAAGCCCGAGAGCGUGACCUCGACGAACGGGAACAGAAGAUCACACAGUUCGAAGUCUACCUUUCUGAAGGCCAGAAACAGCUCAUGUACGCGCUAGGAGAGAACGGCGAUAGACCGAUGAGUGCCGUGCAGAUGGAACAUGCGCGCCGCGAAGCUGAACUCCAUGCGCAAAAGGCCGUGGCUGAUAUGAACGGAAAGUUGAACAUCAAGAUCGAAGCACUCCGUCUCCGCGAAGCAGCCCAACAGAUGCGCGAGCAGAACUGGAAGGCUAUUGCUCGCGAGCAACUUGAAGCAGAAUUUGCGGACAACUCUAUCACUCAUGAGAAGGCUGAUGAGGUUGCGGAAGAGGCGUACAACGAUGGGUUUGGUGCGGGCAAAGAGGCGGGUCGUAAGGAAGCACUCAAGGAGUCUCACCAGCGCGGUUUUCUAGAGGGAUAUGGCACGUGUCAUCGUACGCAGGUCGCUCUGAGUAAGAUGCGGCAGGGCCUUAUCGCGCGCGAUGGUCCUGAGCUGGACUUCCUGUACGAUGCCAAUCAUCCGCACAACCUCUGGAACAUCGGAGAGAUGGUUGGACGCUUACAGCGAGACGACAAGAUCGCGCUGACAAAGGAGGAUGUGAAGAAGGAAACUUCAAUCGAGAAGAAGACUCCCGCGCCUGUCCAGGAAGAUGAUGAUCCUGAAGAAACCUCCAGGAUAAACCGCAAGAUCGACGGUCGUAUGAACGGUCAUACCAACGGCCACACCAACGGCCCUAACAGCGGUCAUCCCAACGGCAUCAACAGCCACAACAACGGCACCAUGAUCCACAAGCGCGAAGAACCCGCCAUCAAGAUGCCUCCUCCCCGCCCGACCUUCGCCGCCGAACUCCGCGGUCCUUCACUCACGCACAACGGACACAUUGUUCUUGCUAACAACGUCGCGUCGCCUGUUGCCAAGGAGACUGGUCGUCCGAUCAUCAAGUAUGAGGAUGAGGGUGUGAAUUUGAUUGAUCUCAUGUAA